CUCUCCACUGAUCGAUCAACAACCAUCUCCUUCCCUUCUGGGCAGCUUAAAUCUUCACUGCAGGCUCCCCAUAAUACGGCACUAUGUCCACGGACAAGACUCACACGGUGGAGCUGGCGACCCUCGGGCGACCCUUUCGUCUGGGGAUGUUGUAUGACUGCCGUAGCGACUCUCUCAUUCCAGGAGUCACAUUAUGGGAACUGAGCAAAAUUCAGGAGUCGAUUGACGUUCGCACCCAGCGCAACACCAACUUCCAAGUCAUCACCUCUGACUCGAUCGAGGAGAAGUCCUCAUCUUUGGAUGUGUCUGCCUCUCUGAAAGUGAGCCUUCUGGGUGGAAUGAUCAGCGUUAAGGGUUCGGCCAGCUAUUUCAACGACAGCAAGUCGUCCAAAAGCCAGGCCCGCAUCACCCUCCAGUACCGCACCACCACAAAGUUUGAACAGCUUACUAUGAGCCAGCUGGGAAGGCAGAAUAUCGCCUACAAGGACGUCUUCGACCAAGGCACCGCUACACACGUGGUUACCGGUGUGCUGUAUGGAGCACAGGCCUUCUUCGUGUUUGACCGUGAGAUCUCAUCAAAUGAAGACAUGCAAAAAGUCAAAGGGAGCAUGCAGGGAGCUAUAAAAGUCCUGGGGGGCUUGGUCGGGGGAGAAAUCGAAGGUUCGGCUGCAGUAUCUGAGCUGAACAAGGCCAAAGUCGACGAGAUCAGGUGCACUUUCUAUGGAGAUUUCAAGCUUGAUUCGAACCCGGUCAACUUUCAAGAGGCUGUCAAGGUUUAUUCGAGGCUGCCUGACCUCCUUGGGCCCCAGGAGAUCCAUGCAGUCCCUGUGAAAGUAUGGCUGUACCCGCUGAAGCUCCUGGAUGACCAAGCGGCUAAGCUACUCCGUGAGAUCAGCGUGGAGCUGGUGUACCGCUCCCAGGGCGUUUUGGAGCAGCUGGGUCGUUACGAGCGUCAGUGCAAUGACCUGAUGAGAAACGAGGUUGCGGCCAAGUUCAGCGAGGUCAAAAGGAAGGUGCAGCACUUCAAAGAUUUGUGCCAGGUCUACAAGCUCACCUUCCAGAAGAAUCUGGCACAAGUUCUGCCUCUGAUCCGUGGUGGGGGUGGAGAGGAGACCUUGCUGGCAGACAUUCUGACGAGGAAGGAGUACUCACCUUUCAACAACUGCGCUCUCGCUCAGUGGCUGGAAAACAAGGAGACGGAACAGAACGUUGUGAGGGCCUACCUGAAGAUGAUGAAGGCUAUCACAGUCAUGUCGAAAAAGAGCGACCUGGAGGAGGUGAUAUUAGACCCGCUGGGGGAGUAUGUGCUCUGUUUUGUUUUUACCUCCCUGCAUGGGAGCGAGCCAUUCCUGGAAACCCUGUCAAAGUAUCUGCAGCAAAAUGACUGCACCAGCAAAGAUUUCACGGAUAGCACCACACCUGAGCAGUGGUACAGCCGUGAAACGGUCUCCCAGCGCAUGAGGAAUCUUGCAAAGAGGUUCCUGGAGUUUGUGGACGCCAACAAAGACGGGAAAACCAAAUUCCUGAUAGCAUCUGAGAGUAACACCGACCACCCCGGAGUGUCCAUCUACCUGUACAUAGAGGGAAGGCUGGACAACAAGGACUUCCAGCCUCCUCACAAACCCAAUGCCCCUGUGGUAGUUUGCUGUUCACAUGACAGUGUCACCCUAAAGCUGAAAAAACCCACGCAUUCUGAUAAGGACACAGAGAGGUACAACGUGGAGUAUUCGCCUGUCCCACUUCAAGAAACAUGGGAAUCAGUGUACACAGAGGAUCUGACAGAGUCCUUCACUGUUUCGGGACUUUCUACAAACACCAAGUACCAGUUCAGAGGCGGGUGCAAACUCAUUCUUAUCAAUGCCAUGGUGAACCACAUCCUAGGGGUGACAUUCGAAGAUAACUACAGAUUCACAGUCCCGGGUGCAGACUACCAGCAUUCUGAGUGUGAGGGUCAGACCCAGUGGAUGACAGCUUACAAAAUCCACCAUGAGGAGGGGUUCAGUAUCCCGUACUCCCUCACCAUCAUCGACGCACCAGGGUAUAUCACAUUAUCUCCCUUUGACUGGUGGCUUAAGGGAAAGCAGGUCCAGGACUUCUAA